UAGAACUGCGUCAAUCUCUCUCCCUGUGCCGAAAGACAAUUUGAUAAACUUGGUGAAAACUUUCGUUGUCAGGCCAAGUAAGGACACUUUGACGUCUCCUAUCGAGAACCUAAUACCACAGGAGGAAAAAAUGGCAUCGCACAUGGAAGACGAGCAGAGUUUGAAAGAAUGCGAGGCGUAUGUUCAGAAGCACAACAUCCAGCAAUUGCUGAAAGAUUCGAUCGUGCAACUCUGCAUCCAUCGCCCUGAGGAACCGGUCAACUUUUUGUGGGAGUACUUUGGAAAACUGAACACGGAUUCCAAACCCAAGUCCUCUCAGGGGGCCCAGUCUUCCCAGACCCAGUCCUCACUCAGCGAAGAGAGAGAGGAGGAGAUCUCCCCCACCCCUCCGGUAUCCCAGCCCAAGACCCGCCGUCGCCGCGGUGCCUUUAGCGCCGAACCAUACACAGAGGAGGAUGCAACUUCCUACGUCAAAAAGGUGAUUCCCAAAGAUUACAAGACUAUGGCCGCUCUCUCCAAAGCCAUCUCUAAGAACGUUUUAUUCUCCCACCUGGAUGAAUCAGAGAGGAGCGACAUAUUUGAUGCCAUGUAUCCAGUCAAGCACGAUGCUAACCAGGUCGUCAUACAGCAAGGUGAUGAAGGCGAUAACUUCUAUGUCAUUGACUCCGGAGAAGUUGACAUCUAUGUGGACAAUGAGCGUGUCGUCACCCUGAGUGAGGGCAGCAGCUUUGGAGAGCUGGCUCUCAUCUACGGCACCCCAAGAGCUGCUACAGUCAAGGCUAAGACUGAUAUGAAGCUGUGGGGAAUUGACAGGGACAGCUACAGACGAAUUCUCAUGGGAAGCCAAGUACGCAAGAGGAAGAUGUACGAGGAAUUCCUCACUAAGGUAUCCAUCCUUGAAAACCUCGACAUAUGGGAGAACUUGACAAUAGCCGAUGCUCUCGAGCCAGUCCAGUUCGACGAUGGCCAAAAGAUUGUUGUUCAAGGAGAACAAGGAGAUGACUUCUUCAUGAUCAUUGAGGGCCAGGCAGCAGUUCUUCAGCGUCAUGGCAACGACUCGGAAUUGAUUGAAGUUGGCAAGCUAGGACCAUCAGAUUACUUUGGUGAGAUUGCCUUACUGCUAGACCGCCCCCGUGCUGCCACCGUCGUAGCCCGCGGCAACUUGAAGUGCGUCAAACUGGACAGACAACGCUUCGAGCGUGUGCUUGGACCUUGCCAGGAGAUCCUCAAGAGGAAUAUCUCCAGUUACAACAGCUUUGUGCAGCUGUCUGUAUAGAGAUCUCCUCUCUCAACUCAUCCUAUUUCUCUCCAGUCUCCUGUUCUCUCUUUCUAUUGUACUUUCUAUUCCUAUCACCCUCUCUCCCCCAUCCCUCCCCCUAACACAUGCCAUCAUUCCCCUCCCUCAUUUCCAUUGUUCCCUGUCCGUCUCUUUCCACGACUCUCUCUCACCACUCAUCGCCCUCUCUCUCUCAUCCCCUCUCUAUCUCUCUUUCUAUCUUUCUUUCUCUCUCUCUCUUCGAGAGGAUGGAUAAAGAUCUGUGUCAUCUAUGUGAUGCUUUAGAACUUAAAAACGAUUGAGAGAGUACCUUAAGAGUUUUACAAUGUUUCUUCAAAGGGCCUCACAAAACCUUUUUUCACAGGUGGUAUGAAUUGGAAAUUUUUAUGGUCAGUUUGCAUACAGCCCCUGUUCAAAUUUCUAAAUGUAGGGUAGAGAGUUUAAAUUGGGGGGCCUCUGUGGACCAGGCCCCUCCGAGUGUCGGGUCUUUCGUAUUGUACAAGCAUUGGUACUAAUGAAGGAGAUGAAGGAAAGAGAGUGUGUUAUAAAAAUAAAUUGCUACAAACUGCAGAGAGAGAAAGAGAGAUCAGAGACGAGAGAUAAAUUGGCCAAGUAACACUUUGGUUUCUUUAUCAUAGUGGGAGGGGGAGAGCUAUGGAGCUUUGUUCUUUAUGCUUUGUGUGUCUAGUAUUCCUACAACAAAAUAUCUCACAACUUUUCUUUGUUACAAGAAAUAGAGGGUUAGCGUGUGCACUAUGAAAGUGAACUAGUUGCGAUGAAGUUAGGACGGGAUAUGUCAUUCGCUGUGCAGUUCAAUCAAAACGCUGCUGUUAUGGGAUAUUGCAGACCGAAGUUGAAUUUGAAAGAGAAUAUACUAUGCUGUUUUCUUUGAUAAUUUCCUGAAGAGCAUUUCAACAUAUCUGAAAGCGGUCUAUUUGCAAAGCAGUGAAAAAGAGAGAUGCGGGGAGCAUUUGAAGUUUGUUACUUUUUUAUGAAAUCAUCUGUUAUAACAGUCAGAAAGGCAUUAAUUCUCUGUUCAAGUUUAGGAGUUACUGCCCUUCUGGCUCCAAACAGACAAUAAACACAAUUCCCUUGUAAAUUGUUCAGGUAUUAUAAAAACCUUUAUUAUAGCAGUUGGAGAGGAGGUAGGAUUUUAGAUUACUCUAGACGACUAUAACUCCUUAUUUAUUGUGAUUUUAUGCCCAUUGACCAGUGCGGGAGAGAGCUUGUGGUUUGACAAGCGAGGAUUUGUCAUAGCAUGUGUGGAAAAUCCAAAAACUUGGUGUUUACGGACGGAUUGGGGCAGUUGUUUGACCAUGUGUAUGUACAUAACUGACAUUGUUUGUUCAUUCAUUAGUCCCUGGUGCUGUGUGUCAAAUGAGGGUCGGACAGGAAUUCGCUAAAUAUAACGUAUAAACUAUAUUUGCUCUUGUAAAUUUGAAGGGGAUGCAUAAUUGUGUAUGGUUUUCAUAACUCCUCAUAUGAAUAUUCAUAGCCAGUUAGACUGUUUGCUUUAAAUAGUGCAACAUUAUAUUUGUAGAUUAUACAUUUUCUGGGCGCUGGUUUAAUGAUUGGGUCUGGGUCUAAUUUUCCUCCCUCUCGUUUUUAUUUUACAUCAUCUCUUCUAAUAUUUUCAUCUUACUUGGUCGUACAUACGAAGUUUGUGUGUACUUUGGUAUCAGAAAGUUUUAUUGGAUCCUUAUUGGGGAGAAAGGGACAUACUGCCUUGGUUCUUCAGUAUUCAAUUCACUUCAAUUUAAUUUGAAAGAUGUCUCUGGAAACAUGCUGUGAUAUACAUGUAACGGUUGUAACAGUUUGGCAGAGAAAGUGAAAAUCAUGUUGCUGUGGUCUGUGAGAAUGCUGAGAACUAUGCUUUAAAGGAGCAUCAUUCUUGCAGAGUGCCGCCUUUUAAGGCAUCUUUUCAAAAAUCUUAGCGAUUUAAAUAUGAGGAAUAUAAACAAACAUAUAAUUAAGACAUUGUUGGGUUUAAUAGGAAUAUCAAGGUCGUUGAGUUUACUAUUCUUGCUUUUCUCAUGUAUCAGAUAGGUGGUGUGCUUUUAUCAUUGUAUUGAUGUCGAAAUUCCAGAACAACCUUUUUGAAAUGUGUUCAAGUACUUGUCUUUUUAACUACCCUAAGCUUGUAAAUAGAACCUUAUGUAGUUAGAAUGCUCACAAUCAUUAGGAGAUAUCUCUCAUUGUUUUGUCCGUAUAAAUAAAGCACCAAAAAUCUAUUUGAUAUGAUUACAUUUUUAAUUGUUUAAUUAUUUCAAAACGUUUAUUUAAUCUUAUAUCAUGCCACCAUGAAGGGAAUUAUGACUACAUAAUUCUUUUGAAUUAAUGUAUACUUUCUUUUAACCAUUUUUUUUCCUUCUUGUUUUUUCCUCGCACAAUAGAUUGUUUAUAGAUAUAUGAAAGAGCGUUACUUAUUACAUAUCUGUGUGUUGUCUUUUCUUGUAGAGGUAUACCCUGAUAAAAAACAUAUUGUUCUGUGAAAUUAUAAUCUACUAUCAUUAAAUUUAAUGAAGGUGGUGUCUAAAGAAA